AUGAAAAAUGAAAAACAUUUUCUCAUAGAAAAAUCAGAGAAUCAAUUAAUAAAACAAAGAAACCAUUCAAUCGUAUUGUGCUGUAAUAAUAUGAAUAUAUAUACACCUGAUCAUUUAUUGGCGAGAAAUAAUCGUAUUGACCAUUUAGAAAAAUUCAUUUUAAUAUUAGCAAAUGAAUUAAUUAAAACCAUUAAAACGAUUUAUCAAUUACGUAAUCAUCCAUUAAUGAUGACAACUAUGGUCAAUACAACAAAUGAAUUAUGUAACAAAUAUACAACAUCAGAUAAUGAUAAUCCAAAGUCUACAAUAAGUCAAGAUAGUUUACAUGUAGCUAAAAUGAAAGCAGCUGAAAUUCUAUGUUUAUCAUUAAAUGAUUUAGAGAAAUUAACAUUUCUAGAUAAAGAUAAUCAUCAUAAUGAUAAACCCCAUCUCACUAUUGGCAUUAAUGAUCAUGAUCCUGAUGAUCUUGAUCAUAUCGACUUAACAAAAAGUGAACCGAUCAAUUCAUUCAAUAAUAAAACCAAACAAUUCAAUCAAUCUGGAAUUCUUUCAAAAUUCACUAUGAAUUCAUAUAUAGACAAUUUAAUAAAAUGGCCUAUACAAUGUGAACGAUUAUUGAAAGAUUAUCCUUUUUCAAAGAAGUUAAUAGAAGAAUUUUCAAUGAAAUUAAACGAUUUAGUUGAGAUUGUCACCAUAUUUUUUGUAAAUGAAAAAUGUACUACUGAAGAAUAG